GUCGAUGGUAUUUGCUUAUUUGCUGAAGUAAAAUGUCAAUGUGAUGUAGAAUCAUAAUUUUUAUCCAUUUCAACGGUAAUAUGAAUAUGGUCGCCAGGCAAGAGAGGCAAGUAUGUGCACUUUUCUCUCUACCUUUACAGGAGAUGCAUCUUCACUCUGAAGUGACUGGUGAGAUGUUGAAGCUUCUUCCUUUUUCAGCAAAACCCAGUCUAGCUAUUGGAAGGUUCAAAACUUUUUGCUUCUCCAUCUACAUAUACUGAUUGUUUACGUUCUGUUCUCCAUACUUGGCAGUUUGUCCAGACAGAUUAUACCUGUUUCUCAAUUAUAUAAAUGUUACUGUCUAAUAACAGAAAAUUGUUAUAAUUAUUUGUCCAACAGAAAGUUGUUACAUUUAAUAAUUAUUUGUUGUGUCAUUUUAUUUUCCAAUCUUAAAUAUAUUUUUGAUAAUUUCAUAAUUUCUUAAAGGCCUCAAUAAUGAAUGUCAUACAGGAGGGAGAAAUCAAUGUGGUUCUCUUUUUUCAGAUUCAUUCUGCUGAUUUUCCCAUUACAAUGGGUGCUAAACUCUGUAUUAUGUGUUACGAAAAUAGAAAAUCAUGCCCCAGAGAUGGCAGUGAUUUCAAGAAUGAAAGAAAGCAAAGAGGGUAUUGCAGGAUCUUGAAAAGAAUGGAGGUGGAGAGAGAAGAGAAGAAGGUUCGAUAUCUGACUCUAGAAGAUUGGAUAAAAGCUUCUCCUGGUUUGAAGCCAUGCGAAGGGUCUUUUUCUUCUAAGAAUUUUCAGAAAAAGGUUCAUCCUUGUGUUAGUCAAAGCAGUGGAUCAUUGAUAACUGAAACCAAAGACAGUUUGUGCUUGGACAGACCCAUGAAGCAUGAUGAAGAAGGUGGAGAAAUGUUAAGUUCGACAUCCUUAAAUGUGAAACCAGAGAGAAGAGUAAGGUUUAAGCUGCCUCAUACUAUCAUAUAUUACUCACUAGAUGGGCCUUUUUCGCCAGAAGAGACUUAUUAUAACAGUCAAAUUGAUGAAGGGUCGUUUUACUCAUCAAUCUGCAAAGAAUACUCAUCCAACUCUUCUGCUGAAGAACCAUUUCUCAGACUCGCAGUGGAUAUUCUUCCUCUUGUCUCAGUCUCUUCCAAAAUUUAAAUAAGUUCUUCAAGGAAAAAAUGGAAUACACAUACUCAUUACUCACUUUCUCACAAGGGAUGAAUUAAUUGCCCAAUUUCUUUCUUUUAUGUUGAGAGUGCAAUAAUUCUGUCCAUUUAUUCAAGUAGAGGUGUGUGUAAUGAAUUUUAAGAACAUGCUUUUUUAAGUGUGGUUUAGAAAAUUGGUUGAGUAGAAUCGA